AUGUGUGAUAAACAGGCGGGAGAUCCUCAAGAGGUGAAAGCGAUAUACAACGCGUACUGCGAGGGCCGGACUGAGCCCUUGCCGUUGGGGGCGUUGAAGAGCAAUAUGGGUCACUCGGAGGCCGGCUCUGGGGUCGCGGCUGUCAUUAAAGUGAUGAUCGCUUACGAGAAUGAAUGCAUUCCUCCGAACAUUAACUUCAAUACAUUAAAAGGGGAAUUAGAGAAAUACUUCCCACCACUACUGGCCGUCACUGAGAAGUAUCCAUAUACCCCGGGUCUCGCCGGUGUUAACAACUUUGGCAUCGGUGGUUCAAACACUCACGCCUUGUUUGAACCAAAUUAUAAAUUGGAAACUAAUGAUCGGUUGAGAAUUGCGGAAAAGAUUCCUAGAAUUGUAAAUAUUUGCGGUCGAACUGAAGAUGCGGUCAAAUAUGUGAUGGAUUUCAUACAAAACAACCCAAAGAGAGUGACGAAUGACUUUUUGGCACUUUUGGCACCCGUUAUGAAAACCACUCCUGAUAUUAAUUCCGCCGGAAAGCCGUAUAGA